AUGAGCUACGCGUUCCGUCGCGUAUGCCUCCAACUGCCUGCCAGCUUCAGCACCAAGCAAGGCCCCCUAUGUCGUCAAGCUUUCCGCCCAGCCGGAGUCGGCAUCGGCGGCCGCAUCCCAGCCCUCGCACGCGCUGUUGGCGACUCAGCUAAUCGCCGGGAAGAGGUCGAGAAUGCCAAGGCCAAGAAGACGAAUCGCGAUGAUAUGCACAGGGAAGAGCAAAAGGAGAAGGACGAGAGAGCUGAGCUGUUCGCCCUGAGGAAGCAGGAAGAACGGCCGUGGCAUCGAGCAGGCAACGAGGUCGAGCAGCGAGUCUCGUCCAAAGAUCCGACCAACGGCGAUAAGACCCGCGGACGUCUCCUGACAACCCCAACGCGCCUAUUGAAGCUCAUCCUCCCGCUGCCGUUCAAUGCCGAGCAAACCAGAACUACACAGCUUGUAGACCAGGACAGCAAAGACGAUGACAAAGAGGAGAUUGCGCCCCUUGCGCUCCUCGUCCACCCUCAGCAGCCCCUCUCCUAUCUCGAAAGGCUACUCCAGGCGGAGAUUCCACCCAUCGAUGACGGGCGUCGGGAGCGUAUCCCAAAGAUAUACUUCAGGGCAGAGGCAGAGCACAAGGACGAAGGCAAGAAGGAUGCGGGGGCCACAAAGAAGUCGGAAGGCAACGUCGCUUCGUACUCGGGUCUCGGCCACGAGGGUCCCAAGAAGGAGCGGGACGACACCAACUGGGUUCGCUGGAGCAGCAGCACCGAGGUCGGCGACUUUAUCAGAGAUGCUGCACGCGGUCGCGAGUUCUCCAUCGGCAUCGAGGGCUACAGCCAGGAGCUGCGCGUAGCGGUACCUAGUUUCAACGACCGAACCUACUACAUGCGCAUCCGGCUGCGCAAGAUGUCGCACAAGGUCGAGCAGAUGGCGAAGCUCAAGGAAGAGUGCGACACCCUCGCGCAUCGCGGCGCCCAUCGCAUCGCCCAGGGCGGCUUCGGAGUGCUACUCGGUUGGUGGGGAGUGGUGUACUACGUGACGUUCCACACCGACUUUGGCUGGGAUCUCGUCGAGCCGGUGACGUACUUGGUCGGUCUGACGACAAUCAUGGGCGGUUACCUGUGGUUCUUGUACAUCAGCCGCGAGCUGAGCUACAAGGCCGCACUCAACGUGACGGUCUCCAAGCGGCAGCAGGCGCUGUAUCAAGCACGAGGCUUUGACCCUCAGGUGUGGGAGCAUCUCGUGCAGGAGGCGAACUCGCUGAGGCGCGAGAUCAAGAUGGUAGCCACGGAGUACGACGUUGACUGGGACGAGACCAAGGAUCUCGGCGGUGAAGAGGUCCAGGAGGUGCUGGACAAGGAGAGGAAGGACGCGCGACGCAGAAACGGCGAGGAGGACGAGGAAGAGGAAGACGACCGCGCGAAACGCGAGCGAAAAGAGCAAAAGAAGCAGGAGCAGAAAGCUCCAGCAGAGGGUGACGGCAGUAAGAAGGCGUCAUAG